AUGGGCGGUAACAACUCCAGAGUCAUUCCCACAGGGGGACUACGCGUGCAUCGUGUAUAUCCCAAUGGUCCCGCUGAGAAUGCUGGUUUCGAGAUAUUCUUCGACUACAUCAUGGAAGCCGAUCACAAUAGCUAUUCUGACGACUCGGAUGAGACUCUGAUGAGCUUUACGUCUUACAUUAGCAGUAAGGAGAAUCAGGAAAUCUCGCUCAACGUCUACAAUGCGCGCCAAAAAUCACUCAGGGUUGUUAAAAUGACACCACGCAAAUGGGAUGGCGUAGGUCUGUUGGGGCUUUCUGUGCGUUUUGCAGAAUUUACGGCCAUGGACGAAGGGGCUCAUGUCAUUAAAGUGCACGAGGGUUCACCGGCUAGCAAAGCAGGACUCAUACCUAUAACGGAUUAUCUGCUGGCAACAAACUUACAGCUCUUCGUGGACAGCGACUGUGUACGUGUGCACGUAGGUGAACGAGUCAACGAAGAAGUGCCACUGUACGUGUACAACUCGAUAACCGAGAGCAUCCGCAAGACCGUUAUCACACCCCGCAAUGGCUGGGGUGGCGCAGGAACACUGGGGUGCGACUUAGCGAACGGCUACAUUCACCGCAUCCCAUUAGUUAAGGGAAUAUAUAACAUUCCUUCUGAGGCACAAUCAGCGGAGUCCAAUAAUGACGGCAGCGUCGAGUUGACACUCGACCUGUCGACGGCGGGCAACACAACCACGGCAGGGACAACGGUCGAAAAUACAGGUAACAUUGUAACGGAUGGGCAAUGCAACGUCAUAUCGCUAUCGACUGACACUAACGUCACAGAGGAUGAAGAAUCUCCCGAGGAACCGUACUUGCCUCCGUCCAUAGCUACCGUGCAGAAUAGCUCCAGCCUUAAGGAAAACGAUGCGCGUGACUCGUCGAACAGUGACGAUAGUCAGAGCGAAUCCAGUGACGCGGAUUCGGAUGAUGAAGGCAAAGAGAAUGCAACAUCAUUGACAUCUUGUGAUCGUUCGCGGAAACUGGAGAGUUUUUAUUUCCCAUUUACGCACCAGUUCGGCGUUUAUGGAGCUGUGUGA